AGUUACUGAUAAAGACGAUUCCAAGGGGAGAAAUUUCGUUCGCUCGCUUUUGCAAACCUGCUGCGUAUGAAACCAAAUGAGGGCAUUUAAAAAUAAUAAGAAUAAUGUCAGAGGGCGAUCUUUGCUUCUCCUGGAGUCUGACAUCUAAGCACGGAGGCUGACCAUGUGGCAAGAGCCACUCAUUCUUCCACAUUUUUUUUGUCAAGCGUGCAAACGAUUAUUUCUGGGUGGUGGAAUAGGAUAAUUGCUGGAAGAGAGAAAAAUAUUGCAAGCAGGACACGGUCUUUGCCUACUUGGAUACCCGCUCAGACAGCAGGAGGCCCAGAACACCAGGCACCAUGACGCUGGCAGCCUACAAAGAAAAAAUGAAGGAGCUCCCUUUAGUGUCUCUCUUCUGUUCCUGCUUCCUCUCAGACCCCUUAAACAAACCAUCUUAUAAAUAUGAAGUAGACACCGUAGACCUCACUUGGUGCGUCAUUUCUGACAUGGAGGUCAUCGAGCUCAACAAGCGCACCUCCGGCCAGUCCUUUGAGGUCAUCCUGAAGCCACCCUCCUUUGACGGGAUCCCAGAAUUCAAUGCCUCUCUGCCCCGGCGGCGAGACCCCUCCCUGGAAGAGAUCCAGAAGAAGCUGGAAGCGGCCGAGGAGAGACGCAAGUACCAGGAAGCAGAGCUGCUGAAGCACCUGGCGGAGAAGCGAGAGCACGAGAGAGAGGUCAUUCAGAAAGCCAUCGAGGAGAACAACAACUUCAUCAAGACGGCCAAGGAGAGGCUGAUGCAGAAGAUGGAGUCCAACAAGGAGAACCGGGAGGCACAUCUAGCUGCUAUGUUGGAACGCUUGCAGGAGAAGGACAAGCAUGCUGAGGAGGUCCGGAAGAACAAGGAGCUGAAGGAAGAAGCCUCGAGGUAAAGGAGCCCUACUCCUCACCGGGGGGCACAGGACACUUUGGACUGACGGCUCCAAAAGAAGAAGACGACGACGACGAUGAUGAUGAUGGCGGCAGAUGGCUGACGUGGCGGUGGUGGUGGCAAUGGCGGCAGCGGCGGCUGCCUCCAAGUGCAACGUGUUGACUGAAGGAUCAGGACUGUCCUCCGCUUUCAUUGUUUGUGAAUGUGAAGAAUUGGUUGGUGGCGGCAUCUCGUGU